CGGAGCAUACGGAAAGUCUGGAACCCACCAUAACCGAUUGAAAAAAUCCCUUAGAGUUUGAAUUGAGAAUACUAUUCGAAUUCAAUCAAUUGUUGUAGCUGUGAUUAUGAGAGAGAGAAUGAUGAUGCUUGAUCAUAGGAGAAAAUUAUGUUGCUUUAUUUGAUUAUGUUAGGUUCCAGUGGUAUACUAAGAGCAUGUAAUAUUGGUAUAUAGAGGGAGCUUAGGAGCCCAUUUUAGAGUCAGAAGCAAUUAAUUACCAGUUAAGUAUGGGAAGUGAAGGCCAUAUCCUCCUAAGUCUCAUUGUUUUUGUUCACUCAGUGGCUCAUGGCUAUGCUGGUGUUCAACCCAGAGAUGACUCAGAGAACAACAUUCCUUUCAACCGUCACAGUUUUCCACGUGGUUUCGUAUUCGGAGCAGCAUCAUCUGCUUACCAGUAUGAAGGUGCUUGGAAUGCAAGUGGUAAAGGACUAAAUAAUUGGGAUCACUUCACUCAGACAUAUCCAGAAAUGGUAAAGGGCAAUGCUAGCGGGAAGGUUGCUGUUAACUUCUAUGAUCUUUACCCGGAAGACUUUGAGCGAAUGAAUGAUAUCGGCUUUGAUGCUGUUAGAAUUUCCCUCUCUUGGUCCAGAAUAUUACCUAGUGGCCGGGUAAAUGGCGGUUCAGGAGUUAAUCCUGAUGGACUCAAGUACUAUCACAAUCUCAUCGACGACACCCUAUCCAAAGGACUGAAGCCUUUUGUUACCUUGUUCCACUUUGAUAUGCCACAAGCCCUUCAAGAUGAGUAUGGAGGGUUUCUGGACUACAAAAUUGUGAACGAUUUUGAAGAUUAUGCUGACCUUUGCUUCAAAGAGUUUGGUCAUAAGGUGCAGUACUGGAUCACCAUAAAUGAACCAUGGUCUUACAGUGCCAUGGGAUAUGCCUAUGGUUCAUUUCCACCCGGUAGAUGUUCUAAGGACGAAAAUUUGCAAAAAUCCGAAGAUUUGUAUAGAGUUGGAAGAGCUUUUAAGUCGCUUUUUAUAAGCUGCCCUGUGCCUGGUGAUUCUGGCACUGAGCCUUACAAUGUUACACAUCAUCUACUUCUUGCUCACGCAAAAGCAGUGCAACUUUAUAGAAACAAGUACCAGAGGAUACAGAGUAAAAUUAUGGGUAAAAUUGGUAUUGUAAAUGUUGUUCAGUGGAUGCUUCCGUUCGACACUCAGUCAAAAAAUGACACUGCUGCAGCCAAUCGGGCCCUUGAUUUCAUGUAUGGAUGGUUUAUGGAACCUUUGAACAGUGGCAGCUAUCCAUCUUCAAUGAUUGAGUACGUCGGAGAUCGGUUGCCGAUUUUUACAAAUCGUGAAUCAAAAAUGGUAAAAGGGUCUUCCGAUUUCAUAGGGUUAAAUUAUUAUACUGCAGCUUAUGCAUAUCAUGUUCCUUGCAAAAAAAUUCCAAGCUACUUGACGGAUUCUUGCUCAAGUCUUAUGGAGGUAAACGCAACUGGAUACCAAAUUGGUCCAAAGGCAGGUUCAGACUGGCUCUAUGUUUAUCCGGAAGGACUUGGAGAUCUUUUGAACUACACAAAGAAUCAAUAUAACAAUCCCAAAAUCUAUGUCACUGAAAAUGGAGUGGACUUAAUUAAUGGGUACAAUAUUCAACAUGAUUCCAUGAGAAUAAAGUACCAUAACGAUCAUCUUCAUGUCCUCCGUGAUGUCAUGAAGAGAACCGGAGUGAAUGUGAACGGAUAUUUUGUAUGGUCAUUCCUGGAUAAUUUUGAAUGGACCGAGGGUUACACAGUCCGUUUUGGUCUUGUUUACGUGAAUUAUUUCAACAAGACGUUGUUUAGAUUUUCUAAAGAUUCAGCCUCAUGGUUCUCCAAUUUUCUGAAAAAUGGAGCAGAAACCCUUCCUAAGAUCCCUGACACGGGGCUUGCAUUGGGUUCUAUGUCUGUGCACCAAAAUGGCAUCAUCUAAUGCAUAGAACAGGGUUUGGAUCCACUUCCAUGAUGGAGUAGUAUAUUAACCAAUAAACCUAAAAGAAUAUAUAUAUAUAUAUAUAUAUAUAUAUAUAUAUAUAUAUACUCUAUUUUGUAUUUUAAAUUUCCAUCUGCUUAAAUUAUGUGCACUUUGUAUGUGAUUAUGUGCACUAUGUAUGUGAUUAUGCUUCAAUGUGUGUGCUACUAUUAUGUGCAAAGCAAUAAUAGAAUGA